UGUCAUCAGAAAGAUCAUUACUUGUAUAUUCAGCUGUGGGUUUGAUUCCUCAGUUAUUGAAAGACAGACGUUGUGUUCAUCUUGCCUUGUGCUGCUUGAAAAAUAAAAGCACCAAGCAACAUGGAGUCAUCAAAUAAUAUCCGUAGCCAACUUGUUGGAAUAUGUAUAUGGCUUGGAAUAAGCAUUGCUAUGAUUGUAAUGGGAGCCAUCUACAAAGAUGAGUGCGCUAUCCAGCCAUAUAUACCAAUUUACCUGAUCGUUGGAGGUGCUGCACAUUUCCUGGGUUUUUCUUUGAUUUUUUUUAGACUUGCAUGCCAGACAUUCAACAUAUUUUUAGAAGGUUUAAUUAGUUUGUUCUCAUUUGUUUGGUUUAUUUCAGGAAGUGUUUGGGUUUUCAGUGUGUACACCAAAUAUGAAGGCCAAUGCAACCAGCAUCUUUACUUAUUUGCUUUUGGUAUUCUGCUAGUUCAGUAUGUUCAAAUUGGGCUGUUAAUGAUUUGUUCCUGUUGUUGCUGUUUACCAAGAUCAAACUCAUAUGAGAGCGUUUGAUGCAAUACAUGUAAAUAUAAACCUGAUUUAUGAUGCGGUGAUUGAUGAUGGG